GACAGGAAAGUUGGCAACUUAAAUGUUAAAGUUGCCUGUGAGCGCUGGGCGUUGACAUCACGGUGAUCUCACCAGCGUAACCGGAGCGCGCCGGCUUCUCCUCCAGCCCGGCUUUAAAUAGCGGCCCCGGCGGCAGCUGCGCCCAUCCCGAGCGGGGCAGGGCAGCCCGGCGCCGCAGCAGCGCUCGAUGCGAGCCCAGCCGGGCUCGGCCAUGGCCACGUCCCUGUCCCUGCGGGUGAGCCCCUCGGCGCACGGCUGCCGCUUCGACACCGCGCUGCGCAAGAAAGCCGCGGCCAACAUCUUCGAGAGCAUCAACGAGGCCGCUCUGCAGAAACUCUUCCGAAACUCCGGCGACAAGAAGGCGGAGGAGAGAGCCAAGAUCAUCCUCGCCACCGACCAGGACAUGGAGGAGAAAACGAGAGCGCUGAUGGCACUAAAGCAGAGGAGAAAAGACAAGCUGCUCCAGUUUCUGACGUUUCGGAAAUACUCCAUCAAAGUCCGCUGAGCUGGCGGAGGGAGCAGAAAUGGAGAACAUUCUGUGACGGGACUUUGUGGCCUCCUCCCACACUCAGCAUGCUCUGCUGCCCCGUGGGCCCGGGGAGGUGACAGUGCCCAUGGCACAGGGCACAGCCCCACCGCAAACAGCGAGCCCACGGCGGCGCCGGCGCCACGGCGGCAGCACCAUGGCACACGGGUGACACCAGGGUCCUGCCCUUGGCACACGGGUGACGCCAGGAUCCUGCCCUUGGCACACGGGUGACACCAGGACGGUGCCCAUGGCACACAGGUGACGCCAGGAUCCUGCCCUUGGCACACGGGUGACACCAGGACGGUGCCCAUGGCACACAGGUGACGCCAGGAUCCUGCCCUUGGCACACGGGUGACACCAGGACGGUGCCCAUGGCACACAGGUGACGCCAGGAUCCUGCCCUUGGCACACGGGUGACACCAGGACGGUGCCCAUGGCACACAGGUGACGCCAGGAUCCUGCCCUUGGCACACGGGUGACACCAGGACGGUGCCCAUGGCACACAGGUGACGCCAGGAUCCUGCCCUUGGCACACGGGUGACACCAGGACGGUGCCCAUGGCACACAGGUGACGCCAGGAUCCUGCCCUUGGCACACGGGUGACACCAGGACGGUGCCCAUGGCACACAGGUGACGCCAGGAUCCUGCCCUUGGCACACGGGUGACACCAGGACGGUGCCCAUGGCACACAGGUGACGCCAGGAUCCUGCCCUUGGCACACGGGUGACACCAGGACGGUGCCCAUGGCACACAGGUGACGCCAGGAUCCUGCCCUUGGCACACGGGUGACACCAGGACGGUGCCCAUGGCACAUUGGUGAGAACACCAGGAUCGUGCCCAUGGCACAUGGAUCGGUGCCCGUGGCCAGCAGGAUCGUGCCCGUGGCACACGGUGUGGCCAGCAGCCCCAGCAGUCCGGUGGCCAAGGCUGGCAGGCAGAGAGAGCUCCCGGCGGAGAGCAGCUCCCGGCAGAGGCAGAGCUCCCCCGGGACCCAGCUGGGACCCCACACGCCCGGCUGUCACUCGGGACCCCGUGCUGGACUCGGUGCUCACGGACCUGACCCUCCGGUGCUUUGCCUUCCCAGCCUGGUUUCCCUAAAGCUGAGCCCGCUGCUGUGGCUGGGGGCUCUGGAGACGCCUCAGCUGCUGCUCAGGGUCACUUGGCGUUGGUUAAACGCACCCAAACACUCUGUGGGGUGCAGGAAGUUCAGCAUUUGCUCCAGAGACACUCUGCACAACUGUGCCUUUCCUUCCCAAGCUGUAUGUGUGCAGUAAAAGUCGUUUGCACAGAAGCAAUAAUAAUGAGAGAUUUCCUUGAAUUUACUGUGAAGUUCCCUAAUACUGUGUUCACUUACCACUAACACUAAUAAUCUAAAUAUAAUAAUUACAGUUCUUCUCUGUGUAGGUUACAAUCACUAUUAGAUGAGUACUUACUUCAUGGCAAUAUCUUGUGACAAGGUUAUUAUUAUGUCAACAGUAAU